AGGACCUGAACUCGUUCAGUGCCUGGAUAUCUGCCGUCACGUUGAAAAGUGUUUUUUCUUUGCGUAGCAAACGCUAUGUAUCCAUUGUUCAGUUCAAGUUAUUAGGAAAAUUUGUGCAAAAAGGCAUUUUUUGUGUGUUCUGUUCCAGUCAAAUGAUCGGUGUUAAAUUUUUGUUGUGAAAGUCUACAGACUUUAGUUUUUCAAUAGAACUGUAGAUGCCAAACAUGUCAGCAUUUUCGCAGCAACAGUGCAAUAUAAUCAUACCAUUUAAUUGCGAAAGUACGCCAGGAGAAGAGAUGUGAAUGAAUGAGAACAACUUUUGUGAAAAGACUACAACGCACUUCAGUAAAAAUUUAAAAUUGCCAGGUGCAGCAACGAGCACCACUCUAGGGUUAGGCUGUUAGUGAAUUUUUCUGUGAAAAGAAAACAGGGAUAGUUUUGCUGCCCUUAAAUUCUGUGCACAUAUCUUAUGACGCAUAAGCAACACGUUUCUCAAGCAAAAUAUUAAAAAAAAAAACGUUUAUAAUUCAUCGAUCAAUUAUAAAAUAAGUUUGACAUGCCUACAUAGAAAUGCAGAUUAUAUUACAAUCGGCAGCAUCCGAAAAGAAACUAAACUCGUGAUAAUUGGGCAUGAUUGCAAUUGAUGCGGGAUUUUUUAGGAACUAUUUUAUCAGUAUAAAGUGAUGGUGCUUUUCCGAACAAGGACCACAUCGAACAAAAAGCAAACUUAUGCAAGAGAGUGUAAAGGAAUAGCCAUUAUUCUUCACCGAAAGCUACACAUAUAGUUCAUAUUCUCUCAGUGGGGAGCCACGCGUUUGUAGGAGAGGUAAAGGCCACCAAUGAGCUGUUCUGUAGAGAGGAGGAAGGUUAUAUCCGGAACACCUUUCAAAAAUAAAGCGAUCAGAAAAUAGAAGCAGAAAAAUCAACUGCGAUAACGGCGGUCACAAGCAAACCGCUCAUAAUUACCAUUCGGUACUGGAACACGAGCAGAAAGCAACUGCCGAGAGUACGAGUGGAGCUCUCAUAAGCCGCUUUGUGGUCGGCGACAUGGCAAGUGGUCGUGCCCGUUUACCACCGACUCCGCAGGCCAACAACAGUAACGGUAGUGCAAGCAGUUCGCAACCACUCGCCGAAAUGCACACCAACAACAACACUUACGCGCUCGGUGGCAAUCGGUCCGGAUCCAUUGAAGACGUGGACACUUCCCAGAUGCUGGAGAAUCUUACGGACCACGAGCGACAGAUCAUUCUUAAUGUACUCAAUCGCGACGAAAACGUGCGCCAGGCGGAUGCAGCUCGAAUCAUGCUACUCCGGGCAGAAUUAUUCCAUUUACGGAAGAAAGGAAACGUGAAGGCACUGGUUGGUGGCUCCCUAGAUCGGCCAAACUAUAUCGAAACGACUCGGUCUUGCUCGCGCUGCGGUGUCGAGCUGGGAAGGAUCAUCAACCGGGGAGCACCGUGCCGUUCCUGUCGACUGCGGGUGUGCAAGGGGUGCCGGGAGUUCUCUACGCGCACCACUGACUGGGUUUGCGUUGUAUGUCACAAGCAAAUUGAGCUACAAGCAGCAAGUGAAGACUGGAUGAGCGACUACGCGGAUAGCGACGAACGCCGGACCUCGGUCAUUGCGGCCAAGGAUUACCUGCCCGCAUCGGACCUCAUCAAGAAGAGCAUCCGGCGUUCUUGGACAAUAUCAAAUGCGGAAGAUGAAAAUCGCCAAACCGGGCAAACGGCAGAUCCACAGCAAUAUACACAUUUACCUCGUAAGCAAUCGCAGAGCAGUUAUCCUUCGUUGGUGCGAUACCCGUACAUAAACCCAUGCAGUAUGACCGAUUAUGCCCAGGAAGAUGAUUUUGACAAUGAACUGCAACCGCCCAUGGGACGCCGAAUACCACGACAAUCAACCUUACCGAAUCCCGAUGCCGGCAUGUACUACGGUAGCAAUAAUAAUCUGAUGCCGCCGUCCGUGUCGCCGAAACAACUAAGUCCCAGUCCACAGUACAGUCCAUACCAUACGGACAAUGAAAAUGAUGACGCAGAUCCACCCCAGACACAAACCUCUCCGAUACCGGCCCGAUACAAAAUACGUAGACAAUCAACCCUACCUUGUAGACCGAAUGAAAACCACGAGAUCGGACCCAAACUGUUGGCAACUUCGCCAAACAGUCGAACAAACCUGUACUGUCGUUCUCCAGAUAAAUCCGACAGUGAUCCAAACCCAAGAUAUCCACCGUUUGUACGUCAAUCAACUUUUCCAUCCAACACCAGUGAUCCAUUUUUCCUGCAAAUUCAGGCUCAUUCACAGCAACAACCACAACAGCCACCACCAUUACCAGCUGGUCAACAACGCCAACUACCCACCUCACCCAAUCGGAUUUUAUUUAACAAAUCCCCCGACAGUGGUGCUGAAUCGGCUGGUGACGGUGGAAGCUCCGGCAACACGUCGAUACCCCGCCGUUUUCAGAUGACCAGGCAAGCCACACUACCUAAUCCCGAUCAGCACGUGAAAUUGCUUCCUACAUCCCCUCCUAAAAAACAGCUAUCACCGCACAGUAUCAAACGCUCACCAGAGUUUGCACGUCAAAGCACACUCCCGGCACCAGAUAGUAUGAACUCGCUCUCGGUUCACCAGCACGGACCAAAAUUCAUGCCUAUCUCACCAAGACAAAAGCAAUCUUUUUUAUUUCCACAACCAGCACCAGCACCACGUCCUUUUCUUUCACAACAGCAUUUCCCAACAAUAGCCGACGAGCUAGCAACUACACCCCAGCAAAACCCAAGCACUCCGAGUGGUAGUGUUGGUGGCCCCGUCGGAACCGGUGGUCCACAUCACUCUUCCAAGAUGAUUAAAGUUCGUAGUCAUAGUAACGAAGAAUAUAGUCUCAAUAGAGGGCCCCAUGCGCCCCCAAUUGGAACUGGGGUACCAAGUGAAGGACGCAGGCUGCUGCCAGAAAUACCGAGCAAUCGCUCGCCAAGACUGGUACGUCAAGAUCACGUUAGAGAAGACUCAGUAAACUCAGAAAAACGAUCUCCCAAACAGAAAACUUUUGCUGAGGCGAAACAAGCGAUGAUGGACGAAUACGACCUAACAAAUGACUCGACCACGCAGUUGAACUUCGACGAAGAUGAGGAAGCUAGUUACUACAACAACGAGGAAACGUACGACAGUUACAACAUUGAUCGGAGGUUACGUUCCGGGAUGGCACCAGCCAGUACAAUCAAAAGUGCGGAAAGUUUCCUGAACGAUUCCAGCCCGGAGUAUUACUAUACGGACGAUUAUCUGAAGCAGGGAAAUAAAAAGGAAAGCCGAUUGCGCCGACGGAAAUCACGGGAUCUACCGGUGGAACCGGACACGGUAGCAUCUUCCAACGAGGAUGAACCGGUCAAACGCAAACCGGAAACAAUGCGUUCGAUUUCGGAGGAAUCACCAGGAAACAAAUCGGUCAAACCGACACCCCGACGAUCGCUGUCCCAUCCGGAGAAGGACUCACAGCAAAUGCAAAGUGCACGGAAAAUCGAAAUUACAAAGAUUCCAUCGCCGCGUCCAUUGGUCGAGAUCCUCGAGCGAGCACAAAAAUCAAUCAAGCUACCGUCACCCCGCCGUAAAGCAUUCAAAUCAAUGGAUCAGGCAUGCGAGUCGGACCUGAUCGGAAUGCAUCAACAGUUUAAUCCGACACCUAUUGGAACGACAGCGGACACAUCGGUUACAACAGCAGCAGCAACAACAGCAACCACAGGCAAUGUGGGCAGUACAGGUGCGAUUGCACGGCCUGGUCCUCGCAAAAUUUCUGCCUUUCAACAGAUACUUCAGAAUCAGCGGUUGCAGAAACGAGAUUCCAAAAGCUUGGACAUUGUGGCAUCUAAAUUAAUGGAAGAAAAGUAUGGUGGUUAUCCUGAUGCCGACGAGGACAAAUCCAAAUCGCUGGACGAUGGGAUUUUCUGUGGUGAUAAGAACAGUGAUGACAACAGCAGUGACGAGCAAAUCAAUUUAAUCGAUAAAAAGCAUAAAUCGCACUUAGGCGAACAAGAGAUUCAAAGCGCGGUGGAAGCGGCUGCAGUCAUUUUCAAGAAGGUGGUCCUCCAACGACGGGAAGAGAAACGCACCAAAGAUGAAGGCGACUACUGCGUCAAUCCUCGGCACCAUAAAUUGCCAUUGCUGUAUCAAAACAGCCCAGGAACUACAAGAAGACAGUUGCUGUACGACGACCCGACUGCAGGCUCGUCGUCUUCCGAACCGGAUAGCAACCUGGCCAAGCUGCCUUUCACUGACUGUGAUGACUACCGAUUGGUGUUCAUCAGCUCGGACUCGUCAAGUAAGGAAGAGGAAUGUGAUAGCAGCUCAACCACUUCUUCCGCUUACACACGGCACAGUAUCGCUCUGGACGAUUGCGAUUGGGAUUAUUUUGAGCCAGGGAUAAGCACAACGAAAACCCUUCUAUAUGACAUUACAACCACUAGUCAGUCUCACAGGAACUCGCCCCGGAAGAGAUCCAUCAUACAACAAUCUCCACUAACAUCACCGAUGCUGUACAGAAGGCAACGUAGUGGCUCAUUCUAUUCGAGCAACCCAACCUAUGAUACCGCCACGGAUGAUGAAUUUUUAACUCAUACAGAAUCCUCCUCUUCGCCCACCAGAAGCGAAGGAUUUUUUGAACACCUGGAAGACUACCGCAAUCUGGAAAAGUUGAAAUCUGACAUAUGCAAAUGUGACUGCGGUUUCAAGACCCAUUUCGUGCCGGUUCCAGUUCCCGUUCCCAUUCCGGUGCCAAUGGCUACGUUUCACAAUUGGUCACAGAAGGAACAGUUGGAAACGAUUCUAAAAGAUCAAACUCAGAACGAGCUAAUCAAACAGCUAUGGAGAAAUUGUAGCGAGAGCGCACUUUUCGAAUUUAAGCCCACUAACGGAAACUGCAUGCAUUCACCAUUAUGUUGCCAGCAUGUUCAAAAGGGAAUGAAGAAACCUAAAAUUACCACCGAUAGUCAGGAAAUGGACCGAUUAGGUUCUGGUCAGAGCGAAUCAAAUGUACCAUCGGCAAACCAAUCUGAGCAACAGGGGACCUAUGUAGGCCGGAAUGUUGGAAGAAAGAUGCAUAGUAAUAGAAACAAUAAUAAUAAUAAUAAUAACAACAACAACAACACCAACGAUGCGAGUAGUUGUACUGGUGUAGAUGUUUCUCUUGCCCAAAAGUUGUUUCGCAACGGCGAUUUCCCUAGCAGCUCCAGUGCGAGUAAAAGUAAAAUUGAUCCAUUGACUAGUACCGAACUGACCGCUGAAGUCAUCACUAGUCUGCGCCACAGUGCUCUCUCAUUACCAUGUGACGGCAAUGAUCUUACCGCACACGGUAGAGAUGAUAAAAAUUUAAAGCCCACGGCAGCGACGACAACGACGACGGGAGCUGCGAUCAACCCCCACAAAAUUGCUUUCGGCAGUGAAAAUUCGCUGACCUCUACUGGAACACAAGAACCGAACGUUAGUCGUUGUAGUAGUGGUAGUAGUAAUAGUAGUAGUAGUGGUAAUGGCAGUGGUGGUAGCAGCAACAGUAGUGGCGACGAGAAAUUAUGUGAAAAGCCCAAAUCUAACAAAAGAAACCCUACAGUGCAUCAUCGUCGUAGUCACGAAGCCAUUAAAAAUGAACAGCCACUUGUGACCGUGCAAGUGCAAAAACCUGUAACGAGUCGGUGUGGUGUGAGUGAAUCAGUAAUAAUAACUGCACAAGGGCGUGAAAAAGAAAAACAACAACCACAGCAACAAGUAUAUGGGAAAGACAACAACAACAUAAACGAAGAACUAGUGAACCAGUUGGACGGCAGUGGUAAUGCAACAGCUCUGUGUAAUACGUACAAUGACAUCGCGAAUAGCGUACAAUCGUGCCGCACGGCGAUAUUAGUGGCCGAAUCGAGUGAGGGCAAAAAGGAAAACUAUGCUGAAAUUUCGAGUGGCGAAGUUAGUUGUGAGCAAAAUAUUAGUGACAGGGUGACGUGUGAUGAUAGUACUUAUCAGUCUUUCGAUAACGACAGUAUGAUAACAGUUGGGAAGGGUAUCGAUGCGGAUCCACCUGCAGCAGUGGGCGAACUGACAGGUUACCUGUUGUCCGAAAGUCGUUUCAGUUCAUCGCAGUCAUCUGUGUCCAGUAACGAGGACGAGGACAUGACCGAAAAGCAUCUGUCCGAAUCUGUGCAGCGUGACUAUGAUGUCACUAGUGAGCCAAUUUUGUUGAAAGUGAAAGGUCUACCAGCUAGUGGUGAAGAUACCGUAUCGACAGCAUCGUCGUACAGCUCGUCGGAUGAUACCGAUACCGAUGACACCGGGACAAUCGCCGAUCGAAGACCCGCUGGGGCGAGAAAAUUUUUCCAGGUGAUGGUGGUCAAUACGCAUUCCGAUGUGGAAUCAAGUGAUUCGGAUAUUUCCAGCAGCACUUCUUCGAAUUGUCUCAAUCAGGAUUCCAGAACCAAUUUGAAGGUAUCCAACAGUUCGAUCGGUGAUAGUGGAAUUGUUUUGAAACACAUACGACGAAUAGAUUCCGAGAACGAAAGAAGCAGUGAAUCUGAAGAUUUCAAGCCUGAGAUUUCAAAAUACGAUCAAUCAGAGGAAACGAUUGAACAAAAAAUAGAUCUAAACGAACCUAUCUUGAACGAAAUUUGCCAAACUACCAGCAGCCCCAGCAACAUUGACGAGGCAAAAGCUUCCACGCCAACAUUCAACGAAAGCUCCACCAGUAUAAGUACCUCUAGCAUAGAGCAGCAUAGCUGGCACGAGGAAAACAUAGAAUCGUGCAAACAGGUAGCCUCACACCACUACAACCACCCAGCGAAACCCACAGACGCAGUGCCGAAUACAACUACUGACGAUCAAUGUAGUGCAAAUGAAAACAAACACAGCGCACCGUAUACAGGUGAGCAACUGCAGCAAAACGUAGAGAAAAUAGCGGAUACAACACAAGCAUCACCACCACCGCCACCACCACUACCACCACCGAUGCUAGUUGAUCACGAUCAUGCCGUAAACACGAAACCAACCUCAGUUGUAAACGAACGAUCGUCCAACACGGAUGUAAAUAAUUCCCAUGUAGCAGCGAUCCAUGCUGCCAACAAUCGCUACAAAAGUUUAGUUUUGAUUGGCCCCGACAGCGGUACGACUUCAAUGGCAACCGAAUCGUCUGUGCCGUCAUUAAAAAUUGGUAACAUUGAGCAACAGCGCGCUGCUAAUGAACAGCAGCCUCACGUGAGUAUCGUCACGAGUCACACCACACGUAUUGUGAGUAGCAGUGAUGAUGAUGAUCAGCAACUGCAGCAGCAGCAGCAGCAUCCAGCCACUUCGAUCACAGUUAAACAUACCAAUUGGAUUUCGAGAGCAAUGCAGGAGGACGACGAGGAUGAUUACGGGGCGACAAUUGAUAUGUUGCCAGCAGACGACGAACCCGAUCGAUCGCUCGAUCGUGGACUGGCAGGUUAUUUUAAUUUCUCAUUGGAGCAGGCUUCACCGCAAACGAACAGGCGACCCGUGAAAAUUACAACGAACGAAAGUGCAAUAACUAGCGUAGUGUCGGGCAGGGACGGAGGAAGUGUUUGUGUCAAUAUCCAACCGAGUAAUAGUGAUGGUGAUGAGGGGCUGAAUGAAGCCAAUAUGUUAGAUGUUGCCCCAAUUAGUGAAAGUGUUUCUAUGAUAAAAGAUAGUGCUACGGUGGCCGAGUGUAGUAGUGGGAGAUCUAGCAGAAAUAGUAACAGUAGUGGUAGUCUUAAUAACAGUAACAAGAAUGGAGAUGUAACGGUCGUGACAGGUGCGAAUACACUCUCGGCAGUAAUUUGUUUGGAAGAUGGUUUAGCGGACGAUGAUUCGUGGGUGGAAGAAGCGAGUCAUGAUGAGGAAGAAUUUGCGACCACAACCGCGACCGAGUCGGAUAUGGACGAUUCGGGUGAAGAAAUUUCGCUAGGUGUUGAUCGUGAGGAGGAACUGCGAGGCUACAAUCGGGCCGCGAUUGAUUUCACACUGCAUACGAUCGUGGAAGAGAGCUGCGAAGACAGUGAAGCAGAAUCAAACCGCACAUCGGAAGCCAAACGCAAAAACCGAAUUUCAGCUUCCGAGUUAGAAAAAUAUUUUUUCUAUGGCCUGGCUGAUGGUGCAACAGGAUCGGUAUCGCAGAACUUUCGAGAUGACAGUAUCUCCGAAAGCAGUUCGGUUUGCAGUGAAGGUUUGGACUCUCUUGGUGGGGCCGAAGAAUCCCUCGGUACAUCGGUGGAAUCCGCUGACCUUGCGUCAUCCCGACUGGAAAAAUAUUUCCUUACAGGAUUCAUGGGAUUUACGUCCGAACGUAAUGAAUCGGAUGGAAGUGGUAGCGUUGGAAGUGACAGUGAAGGUCACCCAAGUCCAGAACAGCGCCGAAAACGGCUAGUUAGAGCCAGAGGGGCAGGACGAUCCCAGAGCUCAUCGCUAGACAAUUUACUGGCGAAAGAUACUGAGAUUGAACAACAAGGCGAAGGUCACGAAUGUCCCGAUUCAUCCGAAACGGACACCUGCGAUGAGUCAACUAAUCAAAUGGAUAAAAUUGAAAAUGUAUACGAUACUGCCAAACGAAAAAAGAAGUUUUCCAAAAAGACAGAGACGGAUGAUCUUAAGAAGUAUGCUGAAAUGCAACAACUGUCGCUACCCUACAAAUCGGAUAAAGAUGGUUCGGAGGAAGAUUGCAGGAAAACACCGCAACCUGAUUUGCCGAUAACGAAUCCGUUAUCCGAGAGUAAAAAGCAGAACAGUCGCGACAGUGGUUUCAUAGGUAGCAAUGAUGAUCUUUUGAGCAAUGGCGACGCAAUCAGAUCUCCCGAGCUUAAGUUAGAACUGGAAGAAAUUCAAGAAGAGAACAAAACUGAUCUCAAAGAAGAAAGCAGUUCCUACAAGGCACCUACUGUCGGACCUCCUCCGGUUAGUCUUGUUCGGAAAGACAGCUUCAAUAACUGGAGCUCGGAUGAGGAAACUAAUUUGAUGAUGUCCAAGAUGAGACAGUUUUUCAAAACACUUGUUGCGGCUUCAGCAAAUAGUAAAACUGCAUCUAGAAAUUCCACGCCCACAGUCAGUGAACCGAACACUCCGAACCAUGGAACGCCAGUACCGAAAGCUCGUAACCGAAGCAAGCCACCGCAGUUGGUGUAUUUUGAGAAUGAGUUGACCAGACUGAUGAAAACUGUUCCUGGAAUAAGAGAUGAACAAGUGCGAGAAAUAGUCGAAUAUCUGAGUAGUGAAGAUACGUGGUCGGAUUCGUACGAUUCGUCUGAUUACACAAGUUCGGACUUGGAAGGGGCCGCUUCACAAAAAUCCAGCCUACAACAACAGAUUUCAGCAAGCUGUCAACAGAUUAUAAAUAAGUUUGACACACUGGAAAAGGAAGAACACGUUGAUAUUGGUAAUGGCGGAUUGAUCGAGGAACCACAUGCACUGAACAAGGAAACGGCAUUCGUUUACCAACGACUGGUGGCCUCACUAUCCAAAAUGACGAAAGACGAAGAGAAACCAGCCAAUGUUACUAAUUCGCCCCCGUUGAUCGCAAAAGUGAUGCAUCAUAUUGGAAGUCGAUUGGUGGCACUGAUGCAUGAAGUUAGUAGCGGUGAAUCACAUACAAGUGCAUCACCCAAAUCGGCCAGUAUGCGGUAUCAUCAACGAAAGGUUCAACCUAAUAUAUCAGCAUCAACGACAGAGGAUGAUGAUAGUACUUCCGAGUGUAACAUGGAAAAGGACGAAGAUCUGGGCUAUCUGCUUCCGAGAAGUAAGAGUCAUGAUCUGCUACUUGGAGACGCCAAACCUCAUCAUCAUCAGUCGUCCAAUAGCGGCGAAAUGGCUGGAGAAGAAAAGGAAGCUAGCGAUUAUGAGAGAUUUUCAUGGCGUGGAAGCUUCGAGUCAGCCUUACUAGCCAACGGGGAUUCUCGAUCAAAAUUAUCGAUAUUGGAUAAUUCAACGUCAUCGAUUUCAGUUCUAGCUGCCAAAAGACGCUCUGCGGGGGAUUUACUCUUUAAUAACCAAAAUCUUAGCCGUGAACAAUUGGAUCGGGUUCGUAGCUGUGGUAGCAUAGGUGGCGAACGAGAAGAUUUCGAGUCUUCUAAACUGUGGGGCUCCACUCAGAGUCAAACGACAGGACGCCGAAGAUCUAGCGUUGCUGACGAUACCGAUUCAGAUGAUUCUACUCGAAAUGACAACCGUUUGGCCUCGAGAUCUACAUUACCUCGCAGUCUGCAGAACACAAAUGCUACGAUCAACACGAACUCAUUGCCUCGUCUUCCAACAACGAACAUUCAAACUAUUAUGCAAUCCGCUCCCGUUAGUUCUGCAUCUACUUCUUCGGUGGUACAGAAAUCGCACAGUGUUUAUCACUUCCUGCAGAAUAAUGUCAAAAGUGCCCGCUAUCGUGCCCCCGGAUUUAAUCAACGACCGCCUCAAACGGCUCCAAAACGGGCCGUAUCAGCUCCAGGUCUUCAGCAGCCCCUGUACCCACGACGAGAACGACGACGAAUACAGAGUAAUCUAAGUGAGGAAGGAAGUGUGACGGAGCCUAGCGGUUCACCACUUUUUGGAACAUCAGGAAACCGUAAUGGAACGGCCGGCGGCAGUAACCAGGAACUGUCCAAUACAACGGCAGCAACAACAGGAACUCCGGCCGGAGCUCCGCGUAGCAUUGCAACUAGUCCAGUCGGAUCGGCCACGUCGGAACACUGGCCAUCGCAGUCGGACGAAGACAUCGAUCGGCUAGUGGCAAUGCAUCAGAAUCGAGCGUCGCUUAGUUCGCUUGGACUACGCUCAGACUCGAUGGCUUCUGUUUACUCCGGUGCAGGCGAGGGACGGUACGGUACUGUUACGGUUCGUGGUACAAUCGAAUUCGGUAUGCAGUACAAUUACAAGCAGGGAGCCCUGGAGAUACACGUCAAACAAUGCAAAGACCUGGCGGCUGUUGAUACCAAGAGAAAUCGUAGUGAUCCGUAUGUGAAGGUUUACCUUCUACCGGACAAAUCAAAAGGUGGCAAGCGUAAAACUAAAGUAAAAAAACAUACUUUGAAUCCUGUUUUCGAUGAGAUACUGCGGUUUCAUAUGUCACUUAAUGGAUUGCAGACCAGGACUCUCUGGAUCACGGUAUGGCACUCCGAUAUGUUUGGUCGGAACGAUUUCCUCGGCGAAGUCAUGAUGGGUUUGCAGGACAAAGUUUAUGAAAAUCCGGCACCCCAAAGUUAUCAGCUACAAGAAAGGAGUGAACCCUUCGAAGAUCUGUCCGCGUACAAAGGUGAUCUCAUUGUCGGGUUAAAAUACAUUCCACCGGAUUCGGAAAGCGGAACACCCCAACAUCAUCAACACAACGGCAGUAGUAGUGGUAGCGGUGGUGGAACCCUCAAUCUGCGUAAGUUUAGUACUAAAUCGAUAACUUCGACUUCGUCGAAUUCGUCCGGACAUAGUAAGGGAUCAUUACAUGUACUGGUGAAGGAAGCGAAGAAUCUUCAGCCGGUUAAGGCUAAUGGAACCUGUGAUGCAUUUUGUAAAAGCUAUCUUCUUCCUGACAAGAAUCGUAGCUCGAAACAAAAGACUCCAGUGAUAAAACGAUCGAAUUCACCCGUAUGGAACUACACAUUCAUCUACGAGGAUGUGUCUUUGGCGGAGCUGUCGGAGCGAGCACUGGAACUAACGAUUUGGGAUCACGAUAGACUAGCGAGUAAUGAAUUUCUCGGGGGAGUUAGGUUUUCGCUUGGAACAGGCAAACAUGGUGGCAAAACAGUGGACUGGAUGGAUUCCACCGGCAAGGAACUUUCUCUCUGGCAGAGUAUGAUAAACAGACCAAACUUUUGGGUGGAAGGUGCACUAGUCCUUCGACCUUCGUUAGAUAAUGCAAAAUUCGCAUCAUAAUUAUACGACAUUUCUGUAGAUCGAUUUGGGGAAAUCACGUAGUAGCGAAUUUCCCAGUUUCCUUCUCAUCCACCAUAGCUCUCAGCGGUGUAUAGCAAACACCACGCAGGGAGUAUUCAUUCCAAGUUUGUGAUGUUGCUUUACAACAACCUAACCGUAGUUUGUAAUCCGAUACUUUUAAGAAGUGACGCGACACAAGAAUUGAAGAAAGCAUUUUUUCUAAUAUCUAUCCUUAUGAAUGAUAAUGAUGCUUAAUCAUGAUCGGUGUUCAGAUGAGAAAAAAACUACUAUGAGAAGUAUACUUUUUACAGUUCGGUAAAUUUUAUAUCCUUUUAUUUUUUCGACACUCUUUAUGUGUAUAUAGAAUAGCUCUUACACAUUCGAGACGUAGUGAAUUAUUUUUCGAAAAGACAAAAAAUAUCAAGUACAUUGUUCAUUUCCCUCCAUUUAUUCUAAUAGAUGUUUGUAUACCAUAUUUCCAGAAAAGAAUGGUCUCCAUUUAUACUAUUUCUAAUACAAAACAAAACGAGUGAACAUUGUUGACUUACCCAGCAUGUACAUAAAAAUAUACACACACAAACACAACCUUUUAACAAAUAUUUUUCAGUGCUGUGAAUCUUUACUAAUUCAUGUUGGAAUCAAAAACACAUUUUUUCGAACUGCGUUCAAUGCAGAAAAUAAUUAGGAAAAAAAAUCUUCUAAUAUCUAAUUAAUUGUUCAGAACGACUACUGUGGAAUUAGACACUGUCAAACAGUGAAGUUCGUUGCAAUGCCAAUAGAACUAUAGAUGAGUAAACUAUAGAUGAGUAAAACAUCUGGUUUAUUUUUUAUCAACACAGUUUAGGGGUAACUAUCUAUCACUCGAAGGGAUAUAAAAUAGAAUAGUAGAUAAACCAGAAGUGAAAACUGACUGAUUGUGAAGCGUUGUAAAUUUAAUAACGGAUCUAUCGAGGAACCUGUUGAUAAAAGAAAAGUGUUGUGUCUGAAAACGGAAUCCGCAAAACAAAUAAAACACAAUUAUGAAUUUAUACAAAAGAUAAAGUGAAGUAUCAAGUAAACCCAACUCUUAUGAACAAAACUUAGUGUAGAAAGUAAUUCAUAAAACAAUUGACAAAUGUAUCAAGUUUGAAUACUUUGAAUGUAAGAUUUUUUGUUUGUCUGUAGAAAAUUUCAGCAGUUUUUGAUGCAUAUAGUUGAACGAAACAUUGUAAUCAUAUUAUGAGACACAACAUAGCAAAAACUAAUUGUAAACUAAUGGGUAGCUGUUUGCAACAAAAGAAAAGACAUUGUAAACAAACGUCUAGCCAUAGUGCCGAUUAUUAAUUUCGUAACAUGCCAAAAGUUUUUGCAUAAGCCUCGAUUUGCGAGCCGUACUUUGGCUUAGAUGAAAAACAAAAAAAACUUAUGAUUACAUAUAUUCACAAUAGUGACGUUGUAGAUACUGUCGUAAUUUUUGUCCUUCUUCUUCUCCUUCUUCUACUUUAAUUCAUUUACAACAGUGCGGAAAGCAACGCCAGUUGGGCCCGAGUAUAAAUUUUCGUUGUUAAAAAAAACUAGACGGAACCGUCAUGCCCUUAGAUCUCGAAAACUGUUUCCUUAUUACUUUUCUUUUCAUCUAUUUUGAUGUUUAAAUCCAUCUAAUAUAAGCAUUUCCCUCUAAGAUGACAUAUAAUACUAUGAAACUAUGCUUCUUCAUAUUUACAAUCUGUUGAUUAUUAUUAAACUACUCAAAAUUCACUUAUGUGAUACACAUCAAACAAACACUAAGGGCCAAAACUUAGCUCACGUAUUUAAACAAAUAUAACAAAGUUCUUCUCCAUGUUAUGACACGAUGCUCAAUUAUAUAAUUUAUAGCGAAUGACUGCAGAGAAUGCAUGCAAUUCUAAUUCUAAUGAAAAGAUACAACCAUUUCAUACGUUAGUUUUUAUCAAAACGCUGUGCAAUCACAAAAAAAUGCAACCCUCGAACAAAUCAAAUAACAUUAUUCUUAUGCUAACCGGAAUGACAAGGCAUGUUUGACGAACUUGAACUCAUCUACCAUUAAGCUUGAAUAUAGAAAGAGAAACUUUUCGACCAAACGACCCGAACUCGAUGCAAAAUAUUGAAAACAAUAAACAUAUUUAUCGAAAACAAAAGAACCACGUAAGCAUUUGUUUCGCUCUACUUCUUUAAUAUUGGCAAUUCCCGCUUAGACAUUGUUGUAGAUCCUGUCCCAAAACGGCAAAUCUUGAACAUGAAAUAAACAGUAAAAUGUUUGUUUUUGUAUUCAUAUCGAAGUGACAUUUUGAAAUUAUUUCCUGUUCAAUGAUCAUUCUUCAAAGAACAAAAAACCAACAGGUAAACAUAAGUUAAUCAAAGUAGUGCGUUACAUGUUGCUUCGUUAAAUUGUAUUGACAUAAUAACAAGUACAUUUGUCCAGGACAUUGGUAGUUUGAAAGUUUUGAAUUUCACCAAUCCACAAUAGCAACAAAAUAACAAAAAAAAACUCCGGUAUAAUCAAUGAGCCCAGCAUUCAGAAAAAAAUAAAUCGCAUGCGACUACAUUUGAUUUGUACAAAGUUAGAUUUUCCCGGGGACUAAAACCAACAAACAGAAUGCAUGGUAGUUGGAGCGCCAUUAGAAAAAAAAACUAUUAUACACUAUUCAAGUAUAAUGAAGGGAAACCAAGAAAACAAAACAUUGAUGAUUAUACAAAUAUAUUCACUUUGCAAUAUACAUCAAACGCAAAACUUGA